AUGGUGGAUCCAGCCCGCAGAGCUGCUAUCUCGCCUGCCUCCUUGGCGGAGGGUCCACCCGGAUAUCCAGGAGAGCCAGGAGAUAAAGGCCGGUUGGGGUAUAUGGGGGAGUCUGGACUUCAGGGCUUCCUGGGACAUGCUGGUUUCCCUGGCUCAGAUGGGCUUCCUGGAAUAGAUGGAAAACCUGGACCACCUGGGUUACCAGGAGAGCAGGGCCCUCAAGGAUUUAAGGGUGACCAAGGUCCAGCUGGAGAGAAAGGAGACCAGGGGUUCUUGGGCGACCCUGGACCACCUGGGGAAAAAGGAGAAAAGGGGACAAAGGGGGUGAAAGGACAAAACGGCCCUUCUGGACCUGCUGGAGCUCAGGGGAUGAUGGGUGUCAAGGGUGCUUCAGGGUUCCAGGGCCUGCCUGGACCAGAGGGGGAAAGUGGUGCAGUGGGUCUCCAGGGCUGGCCGGACUUGGGGGAGCCAGGGCAGCCGGGGCCAGUCGGAUUACAAGGAGUCAAUGGCUCUCAGGGAGAAAUGGGCCCUUCCGGCUUGCCAGGCCCACAGGGCCCCAAGGGACCACAAGGCUUGCAAGGGAGCCGUGGAUCUCCAGGGCCUAGAGGAUCACAGGGUCCACUUGGGAUAGAAGGAUCCUCUGGGCCUAAAGGAGACCCUGGAGCAGACGGUCCUGCUGGACUAAGGGGAGAGCAUGGUCAAGAAGGCCCCAUGGGGUUGAUUGGAAUGCCAGGUUCAAAGGGACUCCCAGGAGACCAGGGUGGUGAAGGCACAGAUGGAGCGAAAGGGGACAUGGGAACCAAAGGAGACAAGGGAGAACAUGGGCCACAGGGGAUGAAAGGGCCCCUAGGAGUUCGAGGUCAAAUGGGUCUGCAGGGAUUUCCUGGACCCAGAGGGCCAGCUGGACGCCAAGGACAUGACGGGGAGGAAGGACAAAUAGGCCCACCUGGCCAGGACAACAGUGAAGGGCCGAAGGGCAGUCGAGGACCAGAUGGCUCAAAGGGAACGCCCGGGCCAAGAGGACACAGGGGCCGUACGGGCCAGCGUGGGUUGGUUGGGAUCCCAGGACCCCCAGGCUUACGAGGCGUUCCUGGAAUAGCAGGCCCAGAAGGAAAGCCUGGUACACAGGGUGUAUCAGGUGCCAUGGGGAGCCCUGGCAGAAAGGGACCAGCUGGUGCUGGUGGCUUACCAGGUGACAGAGGGCAUGAUGGACCUGCUGGACCAAUAGGCCCUCCAGGAAAACCAGGAUCAGACGGAGACCCAGCUUCGCCAGGGCCAAGGGGGUUGCCUGGUAAGCUUGGCUUGGAAGGACUGCAGGGACCUGUUGGCAUGUAUGGCUACCCAGGACUUGUUGGUGACAGAGGAAAGGCAGGACCGAGGGGUGAAAAGGGAGAGCCCGGAGUCCGGGGCCCACCAGGAUUUCCAGGAAAAGCCGGUCCCAAAGGUCCCUCUGGUCCACCUGGUGGGAAAGGUCCCCCUGGUCCACAGGGGAGACUGGGAGACCCAGGUCCUAGAGGGCUUCCAGGACUGCUGGGGCCUCCAGGCAUUCAAGGGCCAGAUGGCAUCCAUGGUAAGCCUGGUGUGCCAGGAGAGAAGGGGCCUGCUGGACUGAGUGGGGCUGCAGGACCGGCUGGAUACCCAGGCCAGGAAGGGCCAGCUGGGCUGGAAGGUCCUUUGGGGGAGAAAGGAGAGAAGGGUGAAGUGGGAGAGCCGGGAGAAGCUGGCAUCAGAGGCCUGGAUGGAGAGCAGGGUUCCCCGGGACUCCCUGGAGUGGAAGGUCAGCCUGGGUCCAAAGGGGAGCAGGGAGAGGCAGGAAUCUCAGGGGCUCCAGGUGUCAAUGGAGGCUCUGGGGAGCCAGGAGAGGAAGGGCCGAAGGGACACCCUGGGAGACCUGGAGAACUAGGAAAAGAGGGUGACAUCGGGGAGCCCGGAGAUAUGGGGGAGCCUGGGCCCAAGGGCCAAAAGGGUGACACCGGCCCCAGGGGCCCUCUUGGAAUGUCUGGACCAGGUGCCAUUAUGGGAGAAAUUGGUGAAAAGGGACUUAAAGGAGAGAAGGGGCAAGAAGGUUUACUGGCAAAUUCUGUCGCAGUGACGGUUGGCUGGAAUGCAGUUGUUGCUGUCCAGGGCAUUCUAGAUUAA